AUGACGGAUCACCAAAAUCCUCGACCAGCUCUAUUGAGCACAAACAGGCGGUUUGGACGAUACGAGCCCUUCCGCCGCUUCGACCACUUGGCUAGCCAUGCCAGUGUGGCAACCGAUGUCAUUGGAAAAAUGACAGUCGAUUGCCAAUUCCUCUUCGAAAAAUCUCAAUGGGGUGUCCUGGGCGAUAGCCGGUUCCCAGCCGGCAUCAUGUACAUGGAUCUCAACUUCGGUCCGCCUCGAGGCUGCAAGGUCAAGAGUGCGACAGUCACAAUCACCUUGGAUGAGUACCACGAGUCCCUCGACAUAUACUAUAUCAAAGCAAGGAAAGGUCAUCACAAGUCAGGUUGCCCCGUCCAGAUGACGGACUGUUAUGGGCCCAGGCAGCUGGUUGGUGAAGCCAAGUGCACCGAGUUCAAGCAAACAAUGAGUUUGGCUCCCGAAAUUCACGCCUUUGGCAGUGGAGCUGGAGGGAUAGGUGUGAAUUCCGAGAAGGCUUUUAAGUCUUCAUCACGAUGGGCGUUUAACGGCCAGCUGUUGCCUGGAAAAGGAAGCUGGGCGUACAAGACCCUGAAAUGGAAUCUCACGGACAACGAACUCAAGCAACAAACGUUCCAAAGCAGCUGCGUCCACACGGCCUUCACCUUUCAACACGCGGGGCAACCGUUCACAAUGAAAGUCGACAUCGAGGGAAGAUUGGAGAAGUGGAACGAUCGGAUCAAGUCCAAACUCAAGUUUGGUUCAGCAAGAAGCGAAAAGGAGGGCCGGGUGACGACCUUGAUUGACUUUCAACAACCCGAAGCGUUUCAAAAACGGCUUGAUGAGCUAGCCAGGUCAUUGCCGAGAGCUAUGGAGCUGGCAAACUACCAAGACAUCCCUGUCGAGAUCCCCGACAUUGCCUCAGUAUCCUUUCAACCAACCUCCACUGAGAGCGAAAGUCUUGCGGCCUGUGAGAUGGAAUCUACACGAGGCGGAAUAUCAAAGCAGGAAUGCCUGGAUAGCGCCGCUAAGGCGCCAUCCCUCGAGGCUCCCAGAGUACUUCAAGCGCUGAAAUUGCAAGAGAUUCAGGCCAAGCAGGAUUCCGUGGAGCCAACCGUGGAGAACAUUACACGAGUCCUCAGAGCUCUGACACGUCCUGAUGAGCAAGAAAUCAUCGGCAAACCUCUCGAAAGCUCAUUUCCGAGUACAUCAAACACGGUGGUGGCCCCGGAAGACGAACAGGAACAAAUGACGAGCCCAAAAUGCGAAAAACAGCCGGAGCCCACUGUGACCAGUAUGAAUGCUGAUCAAGAAGCCGUGCUCAGGAUCAUCCAGAUCCCUGGCUUGUUCGCUUUCUUGCAGCCCAUUGCGACGUUGAUGGGUAUGCUUGGUGGGUCGAGGAAGGCUAAAGCCGUAACGUCUUAG